UCAUUUUCUUUGGUUUUUGUUUUGUUUUUAGUUUCUCGUCAUGUCUGGCCGGGGGAAACAGGGUGGUAAGGUACGUGCCAAGGCCAAGACCCGGUCCUCGCGGGCCGGGCUCCAGUUUCCUGUGGGCCGGGUGCACCGCCUGCUCCGCAAGGGCAACUACGCCGAGCGGGUCGGGGCCGGCGCUCCGGUGUACCUGGCGGCGGUGCUGGAGUACCUGACGGCCGAGAUCCUGGAGCUGGCGGGCAACGCGGCCCGCGACAACAAGAAGACGCGCAUCAUCCCGCGUCACCUACAGCUGGCCAUCCGCAACGACGAGGAGCUCAACAAGCUACUGGGCAAAGUCACUAUCGCUCAGGGCGGCGUCCUGCCCAACAUCCAGGCUGUACUGCUGCCCAAGAAGACCGAGAGCCACCACAAGGCCAAGGGAAAAUUUCAAAAUCAAAGAUGGCGUCCGGCGGUCCUGGGACUGGCUCUGGUGGUGCUUGAGGUUAUCGCACCGUGAUCUCCUUUCUGGAAUGAAAAAUGUUCACAGAGGAAGGGGGUGUUUUCUCGGAGAGGUAAACACCAGGUGCAUAGUACAAUUUUAACUAGAAAACAAUCAUUUUCAAAGUGAAAUUAAGCAAGAAAGAAAGAUCUCUGAGAGACUGGCUGACUGGGCUAAAAGAAUAGAGUUCAACAUGAUGGUGGCUAUCUUAACUAAUUUCUGCUGGAACUGAAGCAAAAUCCCAUUUGGCCACCAUAGGAAAGUCAAUCAUUUGUUGCGCACUGUUUGCCGGGCGUCUCCGGCCCGUCGCUUUCCCCGUGGUUUCCCAGUGGAGGUAGGAAGUGGCAGCCCAGGGGAAUCUAAGUUCAG